AUGUACGACGUCCUCGUGCCGUCGACGAAGCGGGACCCGAGGGAGAAGAAGAUCCUCUACGAGAUCCGCGUCAUCUCCGAGGAGCGCUGCGGCCGCUUCGAGGUCAAGGACCGGGCGUCCAAGGCCUGGAGCGUCUGGAAGCGCUGGGCCGAGUGCCGCAAGCUCUCCGAGGCCCUGAAGAGCGGCGUCGUCGUCGCCGGCGGCCUGCCCCCCUUCCCCGAGCACGCCAAGCAGGCCGUGCUGACGCUGGGCAAGGGCAGCGAGAAGCGGCAGGCGGAGCUCGAGGUCUGGCUCAAGAAGCUCUUCGCGGCGCUCUGCAAGGACCGGGACAUCUUCUACGACCACCGCCUCGUCGAGUUCUUCGGGGGCUACAUCUGCCCGGACAAGGUCGAGGCCGAGGUCCGGGAGGCGUCCGACGAGCCCAUCAUCCUGGGCCCGCCGCCGGGCGAGGCGCCCGCGGCGCCGCCGCCGCCGCCGCCGGAGGAGAAGACGGAGGAGCCGGCGGCGUCGAGCGGCUACCCGGACUACAUCCACCGCGUCGCGGGCGACGGCCUGGCCGUCGCCCACCCCGACGAGGCGCGGCCGAAGCGGCGGCCGUCGGCGAACCGCGUCGGCCCGCCGAAGACGUUCGAGAUCCCCAUCCCGGGCUCCCUCGUGCGCAUCGGCGACGACGUCAUCGAGCCCCUCCACGGCUGGCAGGGCCUCGAGUCGCGCAACGCCGUCGGCGUCGUCGUGUCGUCCGCGUUCGACCAGGCGACGAAGUCGACGUCCGUCGUCGUCGCGUUCAACGCGCCCGCGCGCUUCGUCGCCGACGUCAGCGAGCUCGUCGCCCAGGACGACGACGACGCCGAGGCGGACCUCGUGGGCCGCAUCCUCAACGCCCACAACGACUACGAGGGGCUGGCCUACGCCAAGUACAAGCCGCACAAGCCCUUCAAGACGACGGAGAGCUCCAAGGCCCAGAGCCCGCGCGGCUACCAGUUCAGCGACGUCAUCGCCACGCCCGAGACCAUCCACCUGGAACAGAACGAGAGCUUCACCUACGUCUCCACGCGCACGGGCGCGAAGACGACCUACACGUACACGACGGAGACGGAGGACUACUCGACGCCCGCGCCGGAGCCGCCCAAGAGCAGCAGCUGGCUCUGCGCCUACCCGCAGGCCGACGACGCGACGCUCACGGACGAGGACGAGCAGAUCCCCAUCCAGCGCUACCCGGACGCCGCCGGGGACGGCUACGAAGACGACAUGUUCAACAUCAUGCUCUGCAACUCGUCCACCGUCGAGGCCAUUUGA